AUUGCCGGUGGGCCGCAACCACCCGGCAAUCCAUGUUGCCCUUUGGGCCUUCGCUCACGCGAUGACCUGGACAGAGCUAGACCACCUAUACUUUUCCUCCUCCACGGCCGUGGACGGUCUGUCUCUCCAUCCGACGAUACUCACAGUGCGAUUGAUUUCGUCGACCUCCCGGAUAUUCGAUCCGUACAGUUGCGAAGGCUCCAAGUGCGUCUCCAACUCAUACUAGCGACGAGGAACCUCGGGACGGGCGUCGAAUCGUCUUGAGGGUCUGCAAAAAGCCGCGGGCCUUGCUCAAAUGAGCCACAAACUCGACGUCCAUUGCGUAACCACGAGGCCCAAUGGGAGCCGAGUCCGCUGAGCGGCCAGAAUAGAGAAGAAGCCAUGGAGGGAAAGAACGGGAUCGAGUCCAAUGCCUCCGAGUCUGGGAGAGAGACCAAGCUGAAGGAUCGCCAUGCGCCCGCUCCCGACAACGCCAUCAAGACCCCCAAGAAGAGGCGCAAGGUCAACCAUGCCUGCGUGUAUUGCCGACGAUCUCACAUGACGUGUGAUCUCGAGAGACCAUGUACGAGAUGUGUUAAGCGCGACAUUGGGCACCUAUGCCACGAUGAGCCGCGAGACCCCGAGUCCAAGAAGUCCAAGAGUAUACCGGGGGCAUCGACCGUCGACGAAUCGGAGACCCAGUCGGAAAUGGGCCACAACUCAGUCGACCAGACAACAAAUAGCAUGAGGCCGCCCUCGUUCGACGGUAGCCUGACUGCUGGUCCCGGGCAGACCACAAAGUCUACUACCUUCAAUGCACGCUCGCUAGCCCGGGCCAACUCCCUACAGCUUGUGCAACCCACGCCAGUCCCUGGCAUCCAGGGAAAUGCCUUGAGCAGCAACAUGAAUGAAUUCGCUGGUUUCCCUGAUGCGUUGCUGUCAGCCCAAAACCACUUUCACGACAUGCACAGCUACCACCCCAACUACAUGAUUGUGCCCGAGGUCACGAAUGAGUUCAACCUUUUGAACGAUUUCUUACAUAGUAGCAUGCUUGAUGACGCCGCACUGUUACCGGAUGACCAGAACCAGCUCCUCGGGAACCAGCCUGAUGUCGUAUCGGAUUUCGUCAACAACAGUGCCAGCAGCAACGCCGCCGCCGGAGCCAGCAGCAACAGCGGCCUUCUCGCCCAGAGCGCCAUGCAGACAAGAUCCAUGCCCCCGCCGAGCACCAGCGCCGAUCAGGGCAAGGCCAUCUCGCGCCCGUCGAGCGUCAUCCCCGUCGACAAGGCUCGCGAAUACUACCUACAGGCGGCCGACCCGUCCGGCAACGACACGCCCGAGGAGCGGAUGCAGCGUGUCCUGAAGGCCAAGUACGACGCAGGGCUGCUGAAGCCCUUCAACUACAUCAAGGGUUAUGCGCGGCUCUCGACAUACCUCGAGACCAAUGUCGCCCCGGCCUCUAGGCAAAAGAUCCUCCGGCAGCUCGACCGGUUCAGACCAAAGUUCCGCGAAAAGUCGCAAGCCCUGACGGACAUGGACCUCGUCAUUGUUGAGAUGUGGUUUGAGAAGACGCUCCUCGAGUACGACCGAGUGUUUGCUAGCAUGGCGGUUCCCGCCUGCUGCUGGAGGAGGACAGGAGAGAUCUUCAGGGGCAAUAAGGAGAUGGCAGAGUUGAUCAACGUGCCCGUCGAGACAUUGCGCGGCGUAAGCUACCCACCCAAAUGCUGGUCUUCCAAGACGCUCACCGUUAAUCCACCACAGGGCAAGAUUGCGUUACACGAGAUCCUGACUGAGGACUCUGUGGUGCGGUACUGGGAAGAAUUCGGGACGAUAGCGUUUGACCCAUCGCACGAUACCCUCUUGACAGCAUGCUCUCUCAAGAGUCCCAACGAUCCGUCAAAUCGCCCCAUCGUCAACUGCUGUUUCUCCUUCAUGAUCCGGAGGGACGAACACAAAAUGUAAUGUCUAGACCGUACUCCUCUCCCCCCUGACUUGCUUGCUGACAACUAGCCCCAGUCCUUGUCUAAUCGUAGGAAACUUCCUGCCCCACGAUCCCAAAUAACAUUUUAGAUGAGCUAUGCAUAUAUAUAUUCCGGAACACGGAGCAUAGCUUGCCCUAUUAGACGGUGCUGGACAUGCCAGACCACGCAACACUUGGAGCCGGGCAGCAAGAGAAGGCGAACCGUCCUGCUAUCGUUAUCUGGGCUAUGUAUGGGAUCUUCUCUCCUCAGCAACACGUUUUCCGCAUUCUCCACUCGGCGCUCAUGGGAUAUCUCGGACAAGAAAAUGGAGUCUUGGCGGUUUGGUAGGUAGGGAACAGGGUGGCAUACGGGGAUAGAGGGGCGGGCAUUCGAUAGGGUCAUCGAUCGCACCUUCCACAGCCAGAAGGGACCUUCAGUUUUCUAAUUCCCAACAGAAAUCAGAAAUUCGACUUAUCUUACCUACCACCUAACC